AUGAACGAACACAGGUCAAGAGACUACGAUUACCUGUACAAAAUAAUACUCAUUGGAGACAGCGGCGUGGGGAAGUCAUGUAUCCUAUUACGCUUUUCAGAUGAUCACUUCACCGAAAGCUACAUAACGACCAUAGGAGUGGAUUUCCGUUUCAGAAGAAUAAAAGUUGCAGACAAGAUGGUGAAGCUACAAAUAUGGGAUACAGCUGGACAGGAAAGAUUCAGGACCAUCACGUCGGCCUACUAUAGAGGAGCCGAUGGGAUUAUCAUUAUAUACGACACGACGGAUAGGAACUCCUUCCUUCAUAUCAAAGAAUGGAUGAAUGAAAUAAACAAGUAUACAACUGAGGAGACUUGUAAGCUACUCGUCGGGAACAAAUCAGAUUGCAAAGACGAAAUGGAGAUCUCCACCACGGAAGGAGAAAACAAAGCGAAGGAGUUAAAUAUGCCUUUUAUAGAAACCUCUGCUAAAGAUGCUACGAAUGUUGAAUUGGCUUUUACUAUGAUCACUGAGGAGCUGAUUAAAAAGAAGAAGAAGAAGAGUGCCUCCUCGCUGGGAGGGCAACAGUCCAAGGUGAAGUUGUCUCCGGAGGACCACGGCCCGGGCGCGUUCUGCUCCUGCUGA